ACCCACGGGGCCAACGAUAUGCCGUAGUAAACUAGCGUAGCGUAGCGUAGUGCGCGUACUUGACGUAAAGCGUAAACAAAGUGGUUGAGCCAGGAGAACGUGGAGGAUCGACGUCCCGAGCGAGCACCGGUCCGGAUUAUCAGCCCGUUAUUAAUCAAGCUUUUGGAACAUAAUUUCAAGGAUGACCUCGCUGGAUUUAAGGCAGCAGAAGCUCGAGCAACAGAGGCAGUUGAUUGCCCAAAAAAUGAGGCAGAAGAGGCAAACCGGUGCUAGUGGAAUGAUACAAGCAUCGAAUGCAUCUGCUCAGUUCACCGGUCGUUCCACAGUCUGGCAAAACGAGCUGCACGGUUACGACGGGCCGUUACAGUACACUAUGAUUCCGGGUAAUCCGGACACCACUACACUGGCUGAAAAUAGAACUAUGGAGACUGACAUAACUACGGAUAUUAGCACGGAUGGCAUUUUUUACGAUGGAGCGGACGAAGAGUCGUCCCCGGUGGAAUUUCAAUCACCAACGGAGACACUUGCCUGUGCGUCUCCCCUCAGAGUAGCACCGUCCGAUGGAUCCACGUCAGUUAUUAAUCGAGACAACCAUUCUUCGAGUCCAGAACUAGAAGGUAAUGUGGAAGGAAACAUUGAACAAUUUGUCUUGCAGCCGGCUAAUAAAAAGAUGCAUUAUAAAUGUCGAAUAACAAGAGACAGAAAAGGAAUGGAUCGUGGAUUUUACCCAACAUAUUUUCUUCAUUUAGAGCGAGACUAUGGUAAAAAGGUAUUUCUCCUUGCCGGGCGUAAAAGAAAACGAAGCAAAACCAGUAAUUAUCUAAUUUCCACCGAUCCAACUGACUUAUCUAGAGGUGGCGAAGCCUACGUUGGAAAAUUAAGAUCAAACCUUCUUGGAACUCAAUUCACCAUAUACGAUAAUGGCUACUCUCAAUUGAAAGAUGACAAACGAGAAGAACGUCGACCAAAUCCCAGACAAGAAUUAGCUGCUGUAAUAUACGAUACAAAUGUUUUGGGAUUUAAAGGGCCACGUAAAAUGACGGUCAUCAUACCUGGUAUGACUCCCGAUCAAAAGAGAGUCGAGAUAUGCCCACGAGAUGAAACUGAAACGCUAUUAGACUGUUACAAAAUGAAAAAUAUGGAUAAUCUGAUAGAGUUGCAUAACAAAACGCCAGUGUGGAACGAUGAUACUCAAUCGUACGUCCUCAAUUUUCAUGGACGCGUUACCCAGGCCUCUGUAAAGAAUUUUCAAGUUGUUCACGACACCGAUGUGGACUACGUUGUGAUGCAGUUUGGUCGCGUGGCCGAAGACGUUUUCACAAUGGAUUAUCGAUUUCCUUUGUGCGCGCUACAAGCAUUUGCUAUAGCACUCAGCAGUUUUGACAGCAAACUGGCAUGCGAAUAAUACUCAUUAAAUAGAUAUAAGAAAGGAGACAGCAAUUGAGGCCACCGAGCACGCGACGCGCGACACACGACGGACGA